AUGCUUGCUUCCGUUUUUCUUCUAUUAAGCACAGUAUUUGCCCACGGUUCCCAUGAGGUGCCCGUGAAGCCACAAGGCAUGACCUGGCAGGAGUGGCACAUGAAGGAAGAACACCACGUUGACGGUUUCGAUGCGGUGAGUUUCUUCAAAAUGCAUGAUCUCCAGAACAAGGGCUACUGGACGGUGGACGACGUUUUGUACGUCUACGGAUUGACUCGUGAAGAGGUUGUUGGUGAUGGCAGUGGAAUGGGAGAGCAUGCACAGGAAGAGAAAGUUUCGCCUGAAGCUAAAGCUCAGGUCAGUAAUAUCGUCAUGGGCCUUUUGGACCGCAACCACGAUGGCACCAUCACGUUGGAGGAGUGGAAAGAAUUCGUGCAAAGAAAGGAGGAGUUGCCUGAUUUCGGCUAUGGUCCUGGCCACCAUAUGGACUUUGAGUCUGAGUACGAGAACCAUCACUGGAACAAGUACCACAAGGACCAGGAUCCAGAUGUGCACAUCAAGCACAAGGAGGACAUUGAACACGAGCUCUUGCACCAUGCCCACGAGAUCGAGGGUACCCACGGCGACGAUCCAAAUGUCAGGAAGCUCGCUGAGAACUUUGCCAGUCCCGUGAAGCUCCACAAUGUGCCACAGAAGUACUUGGCCAGAAAGGGUUGA